AUGGUUCCAUCGUCGCAACUUAAUGUAAUACGGGAUUUGAUUGCUCUUCUUGGCCCUUUCAAAGAAGCUACUGAGGAAAUAAGUGGUGCGAAUUAUGUAACGUCAAGCUUAGCCAUUCCUCUUACAACUUUAGUUACCCAAGUAACAGAUCAAGCGACUCCAUCGACCUCUUUAGGAUUGAUUGUAAAAAAGGCUUUACUCAAAAAAGUUGAAGACAAACUGGCUCCUUUAGAACGAAGUUCUUUUCUCUCAGUAGCUACUAUUUUGGAUCCUCGGUUCAAGCGUAUCCACUUUACCUCGCCAGUUGUCGUGUCAAAUGCUAUAUCCAAAAUUAGUACUGAGAUUCGAGCAGAACAUCGGCGUAGAGGACAACGUUCUCCGGAUAAAAAUCCUGAUCAAGCAGCAUCAGAACAAGCUAGUGGGUCCUCUAUCUGGAUCAGACAUGAGAAAUUAUUAAAUCUGAACAUAGCUACUUCAGAGGUUCCAAGCAGUGGCUGUGUCCCCAAUGAACUGAAGCAGUAUUUGGACCAACCACUUUUAGAAAGAAAAUCUGAUCCAAUCAAGUUCUGGGUAAAUUGCCGACACUUCACGCCGGUUCUCUCGGAUAUCGCCCUAAAAUAUUUGAUUUGCCAAGCUUCUUUAGUGUCAUCUGAAAGAGUAGCUUCAAUGGUGAAUUUGGCUGUGCCGAAUGAUAGGAGCAGAUUAACAGGCGAGCACAUCAAGCAAAGAGUGCUCUUGAUGUCAAUAUCAGACAAAUACUGGUUUGAAUAA